AUUGGUUCAAACUGCUUACGUCAUUUUUCUGCGCUUACUACUGUCGCGAGGAAAAAAUGGCGCCUUCUCCAACAAAAAGGAAGGACGAUGACAAGAGCAAACAGCGCAGCAAGGACAAGUCAGGAGCCACUAAGGAGGGAGCUGACAAAGGCCGGGGCCGAGACAAGAACCGCACCCGACGCAGCGCUUCUAGCAGGAGCAGCAGGUCGAGCUCCAGCUCCAGCAGCAGCAGCUCAGGAUCCAGCUCUGGCUCCUCCAGCGGCUCAAGCUCCUCUGCCUCCAGCCACUCUGGCUCCUCCAGCUCCCGCUCUUCUUCCUCCUCAUCUUCAUCAUCCUCACCCAGCCCCAGCCGCCAACGCCACAACAACAGACGACGCUCACGCUCAAAGUCUAAAUCGCCAAAGAAGGAAGGCAGGGAUCGACGACGCAGGAGUCCCACACCAAAACCGACCAAGGUCUUCCUGGGUCGGCUGACCAGAAACGUCAUCAAGGAGCACAUCCAGGAGAUUUUCUCCACAUAUGGCAAGAUCAAGAUGAUUGAAAUGCCCAUGAACCGCAUGCACCCUCACCUGUCCAAGGGGUACGCCUAUGUGGAGUACGAGACCUCCGAAGAGGCAGAGAAGGCUCUGAAGCACAUGGACGGAGGUCAGAUCGAUGGUCAGGAAAUCACUGUCACAGCUGUGCUGACUCCCACGGUGCGCCCCCCUCCUCGCAGGCUUUCCCCUCCCCGGAGGAUGCCUCCUCCGCCCCCGAUGUGGCGCCGGACUCCACCUCGUAUGAGGAGAAGAUCUCGGUCUCCACGCCGACGGUCUCCAGUGCGGCGCAGGUCUCGAUCGCCUGGCCGCCGCCGCCAUCGGUCGCGAUCAAGUUCCAACUCCUCACGCUAGCGAUCGUGAAGCCUUUCCUCUCCCUCGCCUCCUCUGAAUUUAUUCUUUUGUUUUGUCCUUUUGAUCAGAGCAACAAAAAAUGUGAAAGAAAAAUGUUUUUGUGUUGUUUCCUUGUUAAGUGGCGAACACAGGAGCACCAAAGUCUUUACCAUUUUACCCAGUAAAGACGUUCAGGCGGUGUUUUAUGAUAAUAAGACGUAAGAAUUGUGUUGAACUUUAAAUGGUUCAUUUUUAUUACAUUGAAACCUUUUCAUUAUUUUCUAAUUUUUUUGUUGUGUUCAUGUAUUUGAAAACAAUAGAAACACAAAACUGUAAAAGAGCCUAAAAGGCAAAUCUUCAUGUGUCCCCAGUAAGAAAAAAGGCUGUGAGAUUAAAAUAAAAGAACCUCUUGUAUGUUUAUGAA